AGUGAUAUAUGUCCAACUAUUUGCCAGGCUUCCAAAGUUACAGAAAUGUAAAGCUGUUUCCUUGUUUUAUUUAUCUGACUGAUUUAAUUCUGGAUUCAAAAGAAGAGACAACAGUCAACGUACCUGAAGUGUGCUUGUAUGAUCAGACCUUGUAUGGAUUAGACUGCAGUCAAACUAUUGGUUGUUCUUCUUGAUCUGGUGGACACAUGGCUUCAAUAGCAAAUGGAGUGUUCCUUCUUAGCCUAUGUCAGUUUCUGCCAUCUCUGUGGGCGACAAACCCCAUAUUUUUCCCCUGUGAAAACAACACGGAUUUAACAGCAGUGGACUGUAGUGGGAGAAAUCUGACCCGUGUGCCAUUAAUUAAGGCAUUUUCUGUGCUAUCCCUAAAUUUGGAUCUGAAUAAAAUCCAAAAGUUGGGAAGAUUUGAUUUUGCUGGAGUUCCCCACCUGCUGAACCUCACGAUUAAUUGGAACUGCCCCCCGGCUAAGCUGAAAUACUUGGGUGUGCCAGCCUGUGAGCUGCAGAUCGACGCCAAGGCCUUUAUUGGCUUGAAGAACCUGACCAGCCUCUUCCUUAUAGGUAACAGUCUUAUCCAUGUCCCUGCAUUUCCCGAUCACCUGGAAGUCCUAAGUAUGGAGUAUAAUAAACUCUCCAAUAUCACUGAACCUCUGGGGACCCCACACCUCCAACAGCUUUUUUUAACUAAGAAUUGUUACUAUGCCAAUCCCUGUAAUCAAACCUUUUUUAUCGAUGAGAGGGUCUUCCAAGGUUUGCCGAACCUGCGGAAUCUCACCUUAGGAUAUAAUAAUAUCACUGAGGUUCCCACUGGUCUGCCUCCUUCUCUAGAAAGCCUGGACCUCAAGGAAAAUAAAAUCAGUGAGAUCAAGGAGCAGGCAUUUGCAAACCUGUCAAAGCUCAGCUACCUAAACCUUGAGUGGAACUGUCAGCGCUGUGACCAUGCAGCGCAGCCUUGCUUUCCAUGCGUCAACAAUACCCCUAUUAAGCUGUAUCCAGGGUCAUUCAGGAACCAGGUGCAGAUGACCAGACUAAGUAUAAGAGGAAACUCCCUCAGAGACCUGCCUGACAAACUGUUCAGCAACAUGCCCAACCUCAGUUCUCUAGACCUCUCUGAUAAUCUGCUGGCCUAUGCCAUCAGAAAUGGUACCUUCUUCAAAGACUUGAAGAAUGUUACGACUCUAAACUUGAUCUAUAACUACGAACCUCGGAAAACAUUCAAGAGUCUUUCCCUCUCCCCUCACAUCAGUGAAAUGAUUUCUUUGAAAAACCUUCUCCUCAGUGGCUAUUUCUUCCAUGAAUUGACUUUAGAAGGAAUAAAGCCACUACUGAAUCUCAUACAUUUAGAGAAAUUGGAUUUACGGCUGAAUUUUGUAAAUCUUUGUCAUAUUGACAUUUUUAAGGAAAUUAAGGCUUUGAAGCAUAUAAUUCUUUCUCAGAAUAUGUUAGAUUUUAUGCAAGAAUCCCAUAAUCCCAAUAUCUGCCAGUCAGAUUCCCCUAGACAGCAAAUAGAAGAUACAAUGAGAACAGAACAAAGCCAUCAAAUGUCAGAUUAUUAUGAUGACCCAGAAAUAUGGACCUUUUAUAAGCUCUAUUGCCGUGGAAAGUUAUUUUUUGACCUGUCCCAAAAUAAUAUCUUUUCUCUGAGGGAAAGCACAUUCAAAGGCAUGGAGGGGAUGUUCUGUUUGGAUUUGUCUUACAAUUAUUUAAGUCAGUCGCUGAAUGGAAAACAGUUUGUUCAGCUAAAGAACCUAACCUACCUUAAUAUGGCAUUUAACAGGAUAGAUUUGUACUACGAUGGAGCUUUUCAAGAAGUGAGGGGCACACUUAAAGUGCUGGACCUCAGUAAUAAUGGAUUUCAUUUUUUUAUGAAAGGUAUGGGUCAUCGCUUUGAAUUCAUCCAAAACCUGACCUCACUGGAAGUCCUGAGUCUGAGUGACAACAACAUUGGAAUACGUAUCUCACCAAAAUUGUGGAGUUCCUCCCUCAAAUAUUUAUUUUUUGCUGGCAACAGCCUAAACUCAAUGUGGGAUAACAGGGGAGACCAGUACCUUCUCUUUUUUACAGGACUCACCAACUUGACCUAUCUGGACAUUUCCCGGAACCACCUCAUAUACCUCUUGCCUGAAGCGUUGUGUAAUCUUCCAGCGACACUUAUAACUCUGAAUGUUGGUGACAACCAACUUAAUUAUUUCCCUUGGGACAACCUUACAGUUCUCAACAACCUCUCCAAUUUGAACCUUAGUAGGAAUUUUCUUACUGAACUGCCGAGUGAUGUCAAAUUUAACCCCAACCUGAAUAACCUGGAUUUGAGUCACAACAGGAUCAGAAAGCUCCCUAUGGGCUUCUUGCAAGCAGCCACCUCACUGCGUGUCCUCAUUCUGAAUAACAACCAGCUGAAGCUCCUUGAUGUGCAAGGCCCAUCUUUACGGAACCUCCAGAAGGUGAUCCUCCAUGAUAACCCGUUUGUGUGCAGCUGUGAUACUGCCUGGCUCUCAGAUUUCCUGCGGAACAGUCCCGUUCAGUUUCCAAAACUCACCACCAACUAUAAGUGUGGAUUCCCUGUGUCCCUGCAAGGACAGAGUGUGCUGUCAAUGGACCCCCGCUCCUGCCAGGAAUAUUAUGACAGCAUUGGCUUCCUCUGUACAAUCACACUGACUAUUGUCUUCACUUUAGUUCCCCUCCUUAAAAAGAUCUUUGGUUGGGAUAUUUGGUAUUGCAUCCAGAUCUUUUGGACAGGGCACAAAGGUUACUCCAUGCUUCAGAACAGCCAGCAUGAUGCCUUUGUAGUGUUUGACACUGGAAACGAGGCCGUAAGAGACUGGGUUUACAAUGAGCUUGUGGUAAAUUUAGAGGACAGAGGAAGGAGGCAGUUAAGCCUCUGUUUGGAGGAGAGGGAUUGGGUCCUAGGAAUGGCAUGCAUAGAGAAUCUACACAGUGCUGUGUACAACAGCAAGAAAACAGUGUUUGUGUUGACUAACAAUGGCACUGUCAAUGGCACACUCAAACAGGCCUUCUACAUGGUACAGCAAAGGCUGCUCGAUGAAAAAGUAGAUGCAGUCAUACUGGUGCUUCUCGAUGAAAAUUUCCCAAAAAUGAAAUAUAUUAAAAUGAGGAAGAGGCUCUGCAGGAAGUCAGUCCUCUCGUGGCCCAGGAACCCACAUGCUCACCAACAUUUCUGGAACAAAAUGAGAGCAGCCUUGGCUACUGAUAACCACCGUUCUUAUAAUAAAAAUAUUAAUGAAGGUUUCAUAUCCAGUGAUCUGAUCUAACCUUCAUAAAUACACUGACAGUCAAUAACAAUUUCUCACCAUGUACAAAGAGAUUCAUUUAUACUGACCAGGGCGUUUUGGUUCUAACAGCACAAAUGCAGCUAUAGCCUAUCCACUUAGUGGUUUCGUGUGUUGUGUGUUCAGAGAUGCUCUUCUUCUUCUUCCUGUCAGCUUCCAGCCCUUCUCUUCUGAACUGCCCACAGAACUGCUGCUCACUGGAUGUUUUUUUAAUUUUUUGCACUAUUCUCUGCAAACUCUAGAGACUGUUGUGCAUGAAAAUCCCUUGAGAUGAGCAGUUUCUGAGACACUGAAACCACCCUGUCUGGUACCAACAGUCAUUCCACGGUCAAAGUCACUUCGAUCACAUUUCUUCCCCAUUCUGACAUUUGGUCUGAAAUACAGCUGAACCUCUUGACCACAUCUGCAUGCUUUUAUGCAUUUACCUAAAUUUGGUCUACCUAAUAUAGUGAUCACUGUGUGUACAUGUGCUUAAUUAAUAUGUCUGAGAAUAUAUUUAAAAGUUCUAAACAUUUACUGUAAACUCAGAAAUGUGGUAUUUCAGUACAUGGUCAGUUUAAUUGUACAAUUUUUGUAGGGGGCAUCUGUGGCUCAGUAAAUGCAGAGCAGAUUAGCAGCAGCAGAUACAGAGCUUGUGAAUAGUAUCACUUACUCCCCUGAAUGACUUCACAAAUAAAUAUCAGAGAACAGUGUCAUAUCACAUUCAAAAUCAGGGUAUAUGCAAUGUACCACAAUUUUACCUCAAUGACAUUAUAUAUUGACCUCACAUGGGUUGCAUGUGUUAUGGCUUGCUAUUCCCACUAUUCCCCUAUGUAAAGCCAAUGUUGGUGACAUUAAUGAUUAGUAAAUGUGCUGUAAUUGUAAUAAUAUAGAUAUAUACUUUUGUUUUUUUAUGAAAAUGAAAUGUCUUUUACAUGUAAUGUAAUUUUAAUAAAGAAACACUGUUUUUGAGUUGA